AUGUUCUUCGGCUACCAGCGAACGGUAAUGCCCAGCUGCGGCUGCUUCAUCUGGGUCGAGCAUGCCCGCAAGUACCUCCCCCAGGUCCAGGUCAAAGCCCACACCACCAUCCUCGCCACCACAUCCCGCACAAACCUCACCCAGACCUUUGUGAACCCCGACAAGACCAACGCCAUCGAUGAGCUUCGGUACAUCUUUCCGCUCUACGAUGGAGUUUCUGUUGUCGCCUUUACCUGCACAGUCGGCUCCCGCGUCAUCAAAGGCGUAGUCAAGGAGCGCGAAAAGGCUAAGCAGGUAUACGAAGAGGCCAAGGCACAAGGAGAGAUCGCCGGUUUGCUGGAGCAGUCGCUCGAGUCUGCUGAUGUUUUCACAACCACCAUCGGAAAUGUCCCAGCCGGUGAGAAGAUCCAGGUGGACAUCACCUACCUUGGUGAGCUCAAGCAUGACGCCGAGGUUGACGGUGUCCGAUUCACUAUUCCCACGCACAUUGUCCCUCGAUAUGGAACAGCCUUGAGCCUUGGAGAUGGCUCAAAUGUCAUCAGAGAUGAAGGAAUCGCCUUCAGUAUUGACGCCGAGAUGCCUCAAGGCUCCUCUAUCAAGUCUAUCCAGUCACCAUCCCACCCCAUCUCGGUCAACAUCGGCACCACAUCCACGACUGAGUCUGAGGAGCCAUCUCUCCGUCGAGCCUCUGCCACACUUCAACAGAACGCUACCUUUUUGGAAAAGGACUUUAUUGUUCAGGUUGUCGCCACAAACAUCGGAGAGCCUUCGGCAAUCCUCGAGACUCAUCCCACCAUUCCCAACCAGCGUGCCCUCAUGACGACCCUUGUCCCCAAGUUCAAGCUCCCUUCUGAGAAGCCCGAGAUUGUCUUUAUUUGCGAUCGCAGCGGAAGCAUGGGCGGCACCAUUCCCGACCUCAAGGCUGCACUCGAGAUCUUUCUCAAGUCUCUUCCCGUUGGUGUCAAGUUCAACAUUUGCAGCUUCGGUUCUCAUUUCAGCUUUCUCUGGGACAGGUCCCAGACUUACAGCAAGGACAGUCUCGACAAGGCUUUGCGCCACAUCAAGUCUUUCGAUGCCGACUUUGGUGGUACCGAGAUGUACAGGCCUGUUGAGGCUACCUUCAAGAAGCGCUACACCGACAUGAACCUCGAGAUCUUCCUGCUAACUGACGGUGCCAUCUAUGACCAGGACAGCCUGUUUGAGCUCAUCAACCGUAAUGUGGCUGAGAGCAAGGGCUCCGUCAGAGUAUUUUCUCUCGGUAUUGGAUCCGGCGCCAGUACCUCUCUGGUUGAGGGCGUCGCCCGGGCUGGUAAUGGCUUUGCUCAGACUGUCGGCCAUGGCGAGAAGAUGGACAAGAAGGUCAUUCGCAUGCUCAAGGGAGCUCUGUUUCCUCACAUUACCGACUACUCUCUCGAGAUCAAGUACGAAAAGGCAGACACCUCGACCGACGACGAAGACGAGUUCGAGUUGGUCGAGAAGAUCAGUGAUGGCCUCAAGAUUGAUGUUCAGGAGGUUGAGGCUGCGGAGAAGACCAGCGAGUCCAAGCAGCCCAUCUCUCUAUUUGAUCGCUCAGUUGACGACGACAACGACACCGCUAUGACCGAUGCGCCCGACGUCGACUCCAAGUACGAUCAUCUCCCUGCUGUCCCCAUUCCUCGCUACCUCCAGACCCCAGGCGAGAUUCCUCCUCUUUUCCCAUUCAACCGCACGACCGUCUACGUGCUCCUCUCCGAUGCCACACCUGACCAGCGACCCAAGUCGGUCCUCCUCAAGGGCACAUCUCGCCACGGUCCCCUUGAGCUGGAGAUCCCAAUCACCACCCUCGCCGAGAAGGACUCGGUCAUUCACCGUCUUGCGGCUCGCAAGGAGGUCAAGGAGCUAGAAGAGGGCCGCGGAUGGAUCACCCAUGCCAAGGAUGGCAGCGGUAAGCUCUUCAAGGAGAAGCACGAGGGUCACUUCUCGGAUCUCGUCGAGCGAGAGGCUGUUCGCCUGGGUGUCACCUACCAAGUCGGUGGCAAGUGGUGUUCAUUCGUCGCUGUCGAGGAAAAGGACGGGGAGAAGAAGCACGACGCUCCUCCUUCAUACCAGGACUAUGGCAAGACUGCUGGAUAUGCCACGAUGCAACCCCAAAAGGCUUUCUAUGGCCGUGGUGCCCCAAUGGGUGUGAACGUGUGCUUGGAAUCCGCAAACAUGUCUGCCCGGAAGUCCAAGAAGAUGGGCGUUCCUGGAGCAAAUAUGUUCAGGUCCAUGGGAUCCAUGGUCAAGUCGGCUGCUCCAUCAAGGUCCAGGACCGACGCCGGCUCCACGAGCGGUGGAGGCCUAUUUGGAGGCGGAGGUGGUCGCCUGGGCGGGCUGUUUGGCAGGAAGAGCAGCUCCGAUAGCAGCUCAGGAGGACUCUUUGGAAGCUCUGCAGUCCCGGCUGCAGCACCUCAGGCGGUAAGCUUCGAAAAGCUUGCACCCUCCAGCACGGGAGGACUCUUUGGGAGCGCCCAAGGUGGUGACCAGGCAAAGCCUGCUGCUUUUGGGUCCUCCAGCUUUGAGGGUGGCUUUGGAAACACUGGAGCAACUUACAACAGAAGCAGCAGCCUGUUUGGCAGUGCUCCACCUCCUGCAGCACCCGCGGCACCUGGAGGUGCUCUUUUCGGGGCCCCCCAACAACAUUCCAGCUCUCCCUUUGGCCAACCUCAGGGAGCAGCUCGAGGUGGCCUAUUUGGUAGCCCUCAGCCACCAAUCUAUGCUGCGCCAGCACUGGCACCUCCAGAAAAGCCUGUCGACGAUGCCACUCUUGCACAAUACCAGAAGGAGAUGGCAGAGGCAGCAUGCAUGCCGCUGCCUGACGAACUCGAGGAGGAUGACGACUUGGGCUCCUCUGCCCCUCCUCCUCCCCCUCCUGCCCCUGCUUUCAAUGCUGAAACUGCUCUCAAGACUCUCAUUACGCUACAGACCUUCUCUGGCAGCUGGUCUUGGAGCCGAGAGCUUGAGGGUGUGCUGGGUGUGAAGGCCAAGGAUCUGACGAAGAUGACCCUGCCUACCGCUGUGGCGAACCACAAGCAGAAGGACGAUAUUGUUGCUACUGCCUGUGCUGUUGUGUUCUUCAAGAGCAAGCUCAAGAGUGAGGAGGAUACUUGGGAGAUGCUCGUUGAGAAGGCUGAGGGAUGGUUGGUGGAUGAGAUUGGGGAGGAUGCUGCAAAGGAGCUGAUGGAUGCUAUUCGAAAGUUCUAG